ACAGAUUAAACGUACCACAACCGUCGAGAAUGGAGCAAUAGAUGCACAUUCCUGAGGGGAGAGGAGCUCAGAUAGACUCCAAGCUGAUGAAAGGAGAAGGGGGUUUGUUGUUGAGUAAUAACGGACGUUUGGUGCAAGUGAUUAAUUUUGGAAUGUCACCUUAAAAAGACUGGGAAGAUUGUUCAGUGUGAAGAUAUUCUGAAAACUGAAACUGUGCUUACCUUCAUCAGAGCUCUGUCUCAACAGCAACAAUAAGUAAGGAUUAUCAGCAGAAAGAGGAAUGCUGCUGUUCACAGUUUGGGACACACUCUUCAUUACAUCUGGGUUUAUGCAAGUGUUUUAAAGAAAGUUUAGGAGGAGAAGAUCAGAUUGGAACAGAAACUAAAGCAAUGUUUUUAUGUUAACCCUGAAACCAUGACGCAGACAAUUGGAAGAGAUCCUACACAGAGGUCUUACUUUGAAUUUUUAAUGGACAGUGUAAACCAGUAACUUUUACUGUGUUUUAUUACAUGUUAUCAAAACAGCAGCUGGAUCUUCAAUUUGAGCCUGGGACUAUAUUGAAGCUCUCAAUGAAAUCCAGCUUAAAAAGCAGGCUGGUUAUUUUAUUACCCUCUUAUUGAACAGGUGAUCAUAUUUCAGAUUUCAAUAACGAAAAGGGACAUAUGAGGCUAUAAAGUAUGUUGGAAUUGAAAAAAUAAGAAGCUGCUUUAAGAGGAUUGCAUUUUUACAAGCCUUUCCAGAACAUUUUAUUCCAAGACCUUAUUUUGCUUUAACGUCCCUGUUCAAGACCUACUUGACCUUCCUGCCUUCAUUAACUUUGUUUGUGUGUGCUUUAGAGUGCGUGCAGGCAACCUUUCACUGAACGCGAUUUGUUCAUUCAUUGGCAGCCACUAAUCAGGAGACUAAUUCCAUUGACUGGAAUGAAAAGUAACAGCUUUGUCUUCUCCUGGAAUUCAGACCUCAGAGAUUAAGCCCCGCAAAUUCAAUAUCCGAAUUGAGUUUAAGUUAGGAAAUUGUAAACUGCUUGCAUCUUAUCAGUAGUUAAGUGGUUAACUAUGAGGACAACAAAGCCAAGUUAAGGGCCAAUCUUUUUCCAAGUAAUACAAGUACCGAAUUGGAAUUAACUGGAAACUGGAAAAAGUCAAAUACAGGAAGAUGUUGUGAUAUUGUAUAUGAAAAGGAUUACAAAACAGAAAAUCCUUCAGUUUUGAUAUCAAAAGCUGUGGGAGAGAGAAGUGUCUGAACUGUGCAUCUGACAGAGAAACCGACAGUCCCGACUCACAAGUGGGAAUUAAAGUAGAAGCACGUCUAAGGAACUCGUCUCUUUGUUGAACGUGGAGCUGCACUGAAAGCCCAUGUCUGGCUUUGCUUCAUUCUGAAGACAUGCCAGAAAAUAAACACUCUUCUGUCGUCAGAAACAGCGGCUCUCUCUCCAACACAGCCUACCGGAGGAUUAAGAGGUGCCUGAGCUUUAAGAGACGUGUGUUUGGGCAGAAGCUGGAGGAUACAGUUCAGUAUGAGCGACGGUACGGAGAGCAGCUGGCGCCCCUGAUCGUGGAGCAGUGUGCUAAAUUCAUCCGGAGCCGGGGGCUGCUGGAGGUGGGGCUCUUCCGACUGCCAGGGCAGGCCACCCUCGUCAAGGAGCUGCGCAACGCCUUCGACGCGGGGGAGAAACCCUCCUUUGACAGCAGCACUGAUGUGCACACUGUGGCUUCUCUUCUGAAGCUCUACCUGCGAGAACUGCCGGAGCCACUCAUCCCCUUCUCCAAAUACGAGGAAUUCCUGCUGUGUGCCAAGCUGCUGGCUGGGGGAAAGAAGCAGGGGCUGGUGGAACUCAAGACACUCCUGCAGCAGCUUCCGAAUGCAAACUUCUGCCUCCUACAUUAUAUCUGCAGGCUGUUAGAUGAAGUUCAGUUCUACUCCCACAUAAACAAAAUGAGUGCUCCAAACCUGGCUACAGUUUUCGGACCAAACAUUCUGCGCCCCAAGGCCGAGGACCCUGAAACAAUGAUUGGAGGGACGGCUCUGGUGCAACAGCUGAUGUCAGUGCUGAUCAGUGAACACAGAACGCUGUUUAUCAGAGAGAGCAGCAGAGCUGCCCCUAACGCUGACAUCAGCCCAGCGGGACAGCGGUACGGUGCCAGGAUCCAAAAGGAAGACCCGACAGCACUGCCCCGCUUCCUCGACGGCUCACGAGGCUGUGAGAUUGACGGAAUCUGGGCCCGACAACUUUCAUUGCCUUUCACAGCCAGGAAGGGAUCAUCCAGGAAUUUAACACAGGAGGACCGGCCAGCCAGCUCACAGUCCCACAUUCCUUCUACAGGCCACAGAUGCCAAUCAAAGAUGGAAAAUAGGGCAAGUGAAGACCCCUCCCCUGGUGGUGUCAGUGAUCAUUUGUAUGACAGUUACUGCCCAGGGUUGGCAUGUACGGUUGGCCAGUUCUUGGAAACUGAAACAGGGAUUGAAACAGGAGCUUCUUCCAUUCCUGCUACAACAAGCUGUACCACAGCUGCCCAGGAUGGGCCUAUUCCAACGAUCACACAAAGCAGCUGGGUUGAGGACUGCCAUGAAGACACUGACAGUUCAGCAGAGCGGAGGCUGAGCGAUCCCUACGAAAGCACGUUUUCUGUAUACGACAAUAUUGACAGUGCACCGUUACCAACUCCUCUCUCCCCACCACCACCAAUAUCUAACCUGGAGGACGUGACCAGUGUGGGCUCCUGGUCCAGCUCCUCCUGCGAGAUCCUCCUGGAGGAGACUUCAGAGGCUUCCCGCUGUUCUUCUUCCAGGACUGCGGGAGGGGGUUCCAUGGAGCCCAAUCUCUCCUCCUCCCUAUCACUCCGACCCUCCUCAGCACUCACUGACAAUCUGGGGGCAGGAGUUGUGAGCAGUGGGAGCAGUGAAGUAUUUUUGGCCACACAGGACAACAACCCCGGCAACUCGCCGGCCACGCGCUGCCUGCUAGCUGGCCUCAAGCAGCAAAUGGCCAGACAGAAGGCUGAGUAUGAAGCUAAAAUCAAAAGUGUGGAGCAGCGCAACGAGGAGCUGGAGCUGGAGGUGAAGAACCUGCAUUUGAACCUGGAGCAGCAGAGGAAGUGGUACAACAUUGUGGAGAUUAAAAUGAGGAACGCGGAGCGGGCGAAAGCAGACGCUGAGAAACGCAAUGCCAUGCUGCAGCGAGAGAUGGAGGAAUUCUUCGACACCUUUGGGGAUCUCACCAGUGAAGUGAAGAAGACUGAGAGAAUUGUUCAAAGCUUUUGAAAACAAACAGAUAGCCCUUCACGGUCCCCAAAGAGUAUUUUUAAAAUAAAUGAUUUUAUACUUGAUCUUAGCCCAUAAUCUUUGCUAACCUGUAGCCCGAGACCUCAUCACCAGAACACCCAGGCUACACAAGAAGAGCUAAUGAAAUACAGAACUGCUUUAUGGGACUGCUUUCUCCAUGCAGAAAGGCACAACACCUAGAAUGCCUAUAAAAGCAGAAAUAAAAUGCACAUGGCAAUUUACCUCACAGCUGAGUGCUUGAUGACAUGUAAUCACUAAAACCUAAGGUGACUGCAAUGGAAUGGGUUCUGGUUAAAUAUUUUACAUAUUAAUAAAAAGAAUAUAUAGAA